ACUGCCGUGUCUUCCAUUAUUAAACCUCAUCCUCAUCAUCGUCGUAUUAAUUCUCCUAAUGACGCCCUUUGACGCGUUCUUUUAGCUUGACUUAGCUUUCCGUCUGCUGCCCACUCGUCGGGCCCUGUAUUUCUAACGACACAUUCCUGCAACUUGUCCUCUUCCAUAACCCACCCGACUGUAUAUCACCUUUCAUAGACCACACUUCGUCUGUGCUUUGGCAAAGCAACAUAUCAACCAGGUCACUCAUUCUGCGGCUCCUCGACUCGCGCAUACGGAAGAGCUUAGGAUGAUGGACUCCACGUCCCCGGAAGCAAAGGCCACUCGCAAGCGGGUCUUGCGCGUGCUCUUCAUAUCACUCCUACUCGAUCUCAUCUCCUUCACCUUCAUUCUCCCGCUCUUCCCCAAACUCCUCGAGUUCUACCGCGAGACCGAGACGUCCGCCGGCUCCACGUCCGUCCUCAACUCGGUCCUGGACGCCCUCAAUACGUACAAGAACUCGUUUGCAAAGCCGAUAUCUUCGCGCUAUGACAUUGUGCUUCUGGGCGGCGCGCUCGGCUCGCUGUUCUCCUUCCUGCAGGCAAUCGCCUCGCCCAUCAUCGGCCGGCUGAGCGACAAAUAUGGUCGCCGCACGGCGCUGCUCUGGAGCAUGUGCGGCAACAUUGCCUCGGUGGCGCUGUGGGUGGCGGCGACGGAUUUCCGCACCUUUCUGGCAAGCAGAGUGGUCGGUGGCCUGAGCGAGGGCAACGUCCAGCUUGCCCUGGCGAUUGCAACGGACAUCAGCGACGAGACGCAGCGCGGCGCGACAAUGGCACUGGUGGGAGCAUGCUUCAGCAUCGCAUUCACAUUCGGGCCGGCGCUAGGGGCAUGGCUCUCGAACAUCACGACCGUCGCGGCGAACCCCUUUGCGACCGCCGCGGGCUUCAGCCUCUUCCUCAUCGUCACCGAAACAAUCUACCUAUACCACAGCCUCCCGGAAACGCUCCCGAUCGUCGUCGCCAGCAGCAGCAGCAGCAAAGAGCGCAAAGACGACGACGACGACGACGACAAAACCAACAACAAAAACCCCACGGCAAACGGCCCAACCACAAACCCGCGCCCCCUCCUCGUCCGCACAAACUCCCACCUCCUCCUCAACUUCACCCACUUCUUCUUCAUCCUCUUCUUCUCCGGCAUGGAAUUCUCCCUCCCCUUCAUGACCUACGACCUCUUCAGCUACGCCGCCAAGGACUCGGGCAAACUGCUCGGCUUCAUCGGCCUCGUGGCCUCGGUGCUCCAGGGCGCCGUCACGCGCCGCAUGCACCCACUCCGCGUCGUCCAGCUCGGCGUCGUCAGCGCAAGCAUCGCCUUCUUCAUGCUCGGCCGCGUCGCCUCCGAGCGCGCCCUCUACGCCGCCGCCGCCUUGCUCGCCGUCACCAGCGCCACCGUCGUCACCGGCCUGAACAGUCUAAGCAGCUUCGAGGCCCAGGCCGGCGAGCGCGGCGCGAAGCUAGGCAAUCACCGCAGCUUCGGCCAAAUCGGCCGCUCCAUCGGACCCUUGCUCUUCUGCUCCCUCUACUGGUGGGCCGGCCGCGAGACGGCAUACAGCAUCGGCGGCGCCGGCAUGGUCGCCGUCUGCGCCGUCGUCUUUGGCGGGCUCAAAGUGCCCCCCGGCACCGAAACGGUCAGUGUGAGGGGAACGAAGAAGAAGGCGGCAACGGGGGCGGGGGUCAAGGGGGUAAAUGGGUCGGGCAAGAAGAUGCAAUGAAGAUGAAGAUGAAGAUGAUGAUAUAGACAGGAAC